AGGGCUUGGAAGUCGCAAGCAUGGCAGCGGGGAUGCUAAGCAAAGCUUUCUACGGUCUCCGUAGUUCUCGGCUCGUUGCAGCUCCUCUUUGUCACGUUCAGACUUUUGCUACGGCAGCAGCGUCAGCGACAUUAGAGACAACUCAAAACGUGGAGACAGCCAUUAAUGAUAAGAUUCUGAACCUGCCACUGACUCAGCCAGACUUCUUCCGUCUGUCUGAACUCUUCACCAUCAAAGACUUGUUUGAUGCCCGAGUUCACCUCGGACACAAGAAGGGCUGCAGGCACAGGCUGAUGGAGCCAUAUCUCUUUGGCAGUCGUCUGGGUGUCGACAUUAUUGAUCUGGACCAGACAGCAGAGCACUUGCAGCAGGCUUUGAAUUUCACGGCCCAUGUGGCUUACCGAGGUGGAGUGAUCCUUUUCGUCUCCCGCCGCCGGCAGUACAGCUACCUGGUGGAGACCACAGCUCAGGAGUGUGGCGAAUACGCACACACGCGUUACUGGCAGGGUGGCCUGCUCACCAAUGCACCCAUCCAGUACGGCACUGGAGUUCGUCUGCCAGACCUCAUCAUCUUCCUCUGCACGCUCAACAAUGUUUUCCAGCAGCAUGUUGCUGUUCGGGAUGCAGCCAAAAUGAACAUCCCCACUGUGGGUAUCGUUGACACCAACUGCAAUCCCAGUUUAGUAACAUACCCGGUUCCUGGCAACGACGACACACCUGUUGCCGUGGAGAUGUACUGCCGCCUGUUUAAAAUGACCAUCAACCGCGCCAAAGACAAGCGAAGACAGAUGGAGCUGCUUAAAGGACUCUCACCCCCAACACCCAAUGCCUGAAGUCAGACAGACAGAGUGGAAUAAUGGGACCUCUAAUAAACUCCAGACUACCACCCUGUGACCUUUUUCACUCAUCUCUCGGCCUUUUUUUCAAAUGUAAUGAUGUAAUGUUGAGGGGCUUAAACAGAUUAUAUCUGUCAUAGGUGUGUUGAAAAUGAAUACACAAAAAGAGAGAGUGUGAGAAAAGUUAUUUAUGGUAAUCACCACUUUUUUUUGGAGAAUGCACAAUGCAUUUUGUGUAUGUGUAUGAGGUAUGCUAAUAAUAAAAGCUUCUCGUUGAUGCUGGGUAAAUCAGUCACCAUUUUGUUUCAUUAUGACAACGUCUACUGGAGGUUUUGUUCAGGACUUUGUAGUAGGGUACACAGAAACAGACUCAGCUGUUUGUUUCAUUUGUAGUCUCUUCUGCAUGUUGUAGCUUUGGAGGAAUGUUUGAAAGUUAUUUUAAAAUCUUGUGUGAGAACUUCUUCUGUCUAAAAACAGUCUUUUGCAUUCAUUCAAAAUGUCCUUCCUUGGGUCAACAUGUAAUU